AAUUACAGCUCUAAUUCCUUCUGCUCAAAUUUUCACAUGAAUCAUGCUAAUUAUCGUUCAGCCAAUGAGAAUGUAGCCCACCAAAAUUUUAAUUUCUGGAACAUUAUUAUUACUACUAUUAUCAUUAUUAAUGAUCAUAUCAACCAAAAUCCAGAAGAAAAACGAAAAGCCGCCUCCUGAGAAGCUUUUUGAUCCCUCGUCCGAUUCUCCCUUUCUCUCAUUUGCGCCACAAAUCUUGUUUUGGUGGGGGGGAAAGAAGCAGUUUGCCUUCUUCUUCUUCUUCUUCCCGCUCUCCAAUGCGCCACUAGUGCGCAUGGACUCAACCUACGCCUCCUCCAGCUACCCCGACCUUUCUUCCCCGGCGAUGCCCACCGCCGGAGGCGUCUCCCGCCCUGUCAAGAUCAUUCCUCUUCAGCAUCCCAGCGUUGGCGCCGGUUCUUCUUCUUCCUCCUCGAAUUCCCCGGCCGCUUUCUUCUCCGGCCUCGCCACCAAAUGGAAACGCCUCACCUUCCUCCAAUUCAUCGACGGCCUCUUCCCUUGUUACCGUUGGAUUCGAACCUACAGGUGGCGCGACGACUUCCAGGUCGAUCUCAUCGCCGGUCUCACCAUCGGCAUCAUGCUCGUCCCUCAGGCUAUGUCUUAUGCAAAAUUAGCAGGGCUUGAACCAAUUUAUGGAUUGUACACUGGCUUUGUCCCCAUCUUUGUGUAUGCGAUAUUUGGGUCAUCGCGGCAGCUGGCGAUUGGUCCUGUGGCUCUUGUUUCUCUCCUAGUGUCCAAUGUUCUAAGGGGAAUUGCUGGUCCUUCCGACGAGUUAUACACCGAACUUGCCAUAGUAUUGGCGCUUAUGGUUGGAAUACUGGAGUGCAUUUUGGGUCUUUUGAGGCUUGGAUGGCUUUUACGCUUCAUCAGCCACUCUGUUAUUUCUGGCUUUACAACGGCUUCAGCUGUUGUGAUUGGACUAUCACAAGCAAAGUAUUUCUUGGGAUACAACAUUACACAGAGUAGCAAGAUUGUGCCACUAAUUCAGAGCAUAAUAGCUGGAGCAGACCAGUUCGCAUGGCCUCCUUUCGUGAUGGGAUCUGGCAUACUUGCUGUACUUCUUGUUAUGAAGCAUUUGGGAAAAUCGAGGAAGCAAUUCAGAUUUCUUCGAGCGGCAGGGCCCCUCACUGGUGUCAUUUUGGGGACAACUUUAGCAAAAAUAUUUCAUCAUCCGUCUAUUUCAUUGAUAGGAGAGAUACCUCAGGGUCUCCCAAGCUUCUCAGUUCCAAAGAAUUUUGGAUAUGCAAAGUCUCUAAUACCCACAGCAUUUCUCAUUACUGGGGUAGCAAUAUUGGAAUCUGUUGGGAUUGCCAAAGCUUUGGCUGCAAAGAACGGAUAUGAACUCGAUUCCAGUCAGGAGUUGGUUGGUCUUGGUUUAGCCAAUAUCUUUGGCUCUUUCUUCUCCUCCUAUCCAUCAACAGGUUCAUUUUCUAGGUCAGCUGUUAGCAAUGAGAGUGGGGCAAAAACUGGCUUAUCCGGCAUCAUUACUGGAAUAGUUAUGGGAUGUGCUCUUUUAUUCUUGACUCCAUUAUUUGAGUUCAUACCACAGUGUGCCCUGGCUGCAAUAGUCGUUUCAGCUGUGAUUGGACUGGUGGAGUAUGAGGAGGCAAUCUUCUUAUGGCGUAUCGACAAGAAGGAUUUUCUUCUUUGGAUCAUUACUUGCACCACUACUUUAUUCCUGGGUAUCGAGAUUGGUGUUCUCAUCGGGGUGGGUGUGUCGCUUGCUUUUGUCAUCCAUGAGUCAGCAAAUCCACAUAUUGCUGUCCUGGGCCGGCUUCCUGGCACCACUGUGUACAGAAAUGUUCAACAAUACCCAGAGGCAUAUACAUACCAUGGAAUUGUGGUCGUUCGCAUUGAUGCCCCAAUAUAUUUUGCAAAUACAAGCUACAUAAAGGACAGACUGCGAGACUACGAAGUUAACGUCGACAAUUCAAUCCGACGUGGACCAGAAGUCGAAAGGAUAUACUUUGUGAUUUUAGAGAUGUCACCUGUUACGUACAUAGACUCGAGUGCCGUCCAAGCUCUGAAGGACCUGCACCAAGAGUACAGAUCCCGAGAUAUCCAGAUAGCUAUUACAAAUCCGAACCGAGAAGUUCUACUGACGCUCUCGAAAGCUGGGGUUGUGGAACUCAUUGGCAAGGAAUGGUACUUCGUACGAGUGCAUGACGCGGUCCAAGUCUGCCUUCAGCAGGUUCAGAGUUUGCACCAAACUUCAUCGCCAGCAGCGGAGUCCAAACCCAAUCGAUUCGAGAGGUUAUUGAAACAGAGAGGGGAGGAUCUGUCGGUGGCCGAGUUGGAAUCUGGGCAGAGAAAAGCAUCUGCUUCCAGGAAUGGUGACCCGAACUUGGAGCCAUUGUUGUCUCACAAGUUCACCCCUUGAAAGGGGUAUUCACAUUUCACAGAAGUGCCUGAAUUUUUUGUCUAAGGCAUUGGCAUGUAGUGUUAUAUAGUGUGUAAUGACAUAUUCUUUGUAAGUAAGUGUUGAAUAUUUGCUAGUGUGUAAAAUUUGACGAGUCUCAGUUUAACAUUUUGGGUUUUGCAAUUUGUUAUGUCCCUGUAUUGUUUCAUAGAGACGAGAUCUAUGAUCACCACAACUUGGCGGUGGUCGAUUAUUGCUUUGAACUCACAGAGACACAGCGCAAGAAGCAUUGGUUUUCUGGACUGGUCUGUUA